AGGUUCACUUUCAAAGAAAUCGUGAGAAAAAUACUGUCCUGGGACUUCCACUCUGACAGAAACCCAACAGAAUCCCAGCUGAAACCCAGAGAAGAACUACCAGGAUGGAUCUUCUUCCUUCCUUAUCCAUUGAGACAUGGUUGAUGGUCGUGGUUUUGAUGGGACUUCUACUGCUGUAUGGAGUUUGGCCAUUCCGAAUUCUCGGUAAGCUGGGGAUUCCUGGCCCAACCUUAUUGCCGUUCCUUGGGACUGUUCUGAAUUACCGCAAAGGGUUUAUGGAGUUCGACAGAGAGUGCUACAAGAAAUAUGGGAAAAUCUGGAGACUUUAUGAUGGACGGCAACCUAUAAUUGCUGUACUGGAUUCCCAAAUUAUUAAGACUGUCCUAGUGAAAGAAUGCUACACUACCUUUACCAACCGGCGAACUUUUCCUGCACCACCCAUCUUACAAAAUGCAGUCUCUUUGGCCAAAGAUGAACAAUGGAAGAGGAUUCGCACUGUGCUCUCUCCAACCUUUACCAGUGGGAAGCUGAAAGAGAUGUUUCCCAUCAUUAAACACUAUGGGGAGAUUUUAAUGCAAAACGUUCAGAGGAAAAUGGAAAAUGAUGAGCCCAUAGAUGUGAAAGAUGUCUUCGGGACUUACAGCAUGGACGUUGUCACCAGUACCUCAUUCGGGAUAGACAUCAAUUCCAUGAACAAUCCCAAAGAUCCUUUUGUCAUGCAGAUCAAGAAGCUUACCAGGUUUAGCGCUUUUGAUCCACGGCUUAUUAUAUCAUUUACAUUCCCAGCUCUCCUUCCACUCCUUAACGCAUUGGACCUAACUGCCUUUUCUCGAGAAGCUGUGAACUUCUUCUCCAAGUCUUUUGCAAAGAUAAAGGAAACACGACUGCACGAAGGCCGAGGGAGCCGUAUGGAUUUCCUCCAGAUGAUGAUUGACUCUCAAACGAACAAAAACAUUUCUACAAGCAAUGGACUGAAUCACUCCUAUAAAGGCUUGACCGAUCAGGAAAUUCUAGCCCAAGCUUUUAUCUUUGUGUUUGCUGGAUACGAACCCGGUAGUAAUUCCCUUGGUUACAUGGCCUACUCAUUAGCCACUCACCCAGAUAUUCAACAGAAGCUUCAAGAGGAAAUAGAUUCUGUUCUACCUAAUAAGGCACCUCUCACGUAUGAUGCCAUCAUGCAGUUGGAGUACCUUGACAUGGUGCUGAAUGAGACCCAAAGACUGUAUCCCCUCGGAGGGCGUAUUGAAAGAAUAUGCAAGAUGGAUGUUGAAAUCAAUGGGAUGACCAUUCCAAAAGGCACUGUGGUGAUGAUCCCACCAUUGGUCCUGCAUCAGAUCCCUGAAUACUGGCCCGAACCGGAGGAGUUCAGACCUGAGAGGUUCAGCAAAGAAAACAGAGACAGCAUAGAUCCCUACACAUAUCUGCCCUUCGGAGCUGGUCCCAGGAACUGCAUUGGGAUGAGAUUUGCUCUCGUCACCAUGAAAGUUGCCAUCACGAUCCUCAUGCAGCACUUCUCAUUUAGGGUCUGCAAAGAAACACCGAUUCCCUUGGUGAUGAGCAACCAAGCGUUCUUAGUACCGGAGAAGCCAAUCAUGCUGAAGUUAGUCCCACGAUAAGGUGGCUGAGAAAGUGAAGAAGAAAGCUUAGCCAUGUCUUCCCCAUCCCUGCAGUGGAUGCGAAAGUUUCAGGCUUUGCCAUCUGCUUCUUGGCUGAACCUUGGAAGAGAACAUUUGAGAUAAUUGCUAAAUAGCUUUGGAGAGAUGGACUUGCUUAAAGUAGCUUUUGAAACAUUGGAAUCAUGACAAUGCGCUUAGUAGGUGAUGGAGAUGUUAAUAUUUGGCGAUGGUGGUGGUGGUGAUGAUGAAGAUGAUGUAUAACUUGCUAUUUUGAACGUUCUUGAACUACAAAUUAAGCCAGAGCCUAAUAAAGUUAGCAAAUCCGGACUGCACAUGUACUUCAGUUGGAUGCUAGCUGAACCACCAUGAUUACCUCCACGUUUUGGGACUUUCUACCAAGGAAAUUCAACUGAAUUCCUUCUCUGAUAGC